AUGGACAUCGGGGGAUUGGAGACAGUGGUAGCCAAUUCUGCAUAUAUCACCGCCAGAGGAAGUUUUGAUGGCAACUCCAAUGCUGCUGCUUCACGGGACAAAAAGUAUCGGGCCAAGCUUCAGUUACCUCACAUCACAAAGUGUGAGGAUCUCAAGGAUAGCAUCAACUUGGAUUUUGACAACAUAUGCUGCAAGCAGCCAAUUGGAAAGCUGCUCUUCCAGCAGUAUCUGGAAACGGUACCAGAGUACAGACCAGCAUCCAAGAUCUGGAGUGAUAUUCAAGAAUAUGACACAGCAGAGGACACAGCACGGGCGCAGAAAGCUACCAAAAUUAUAUCUCGGUACUUGGAAUCUGGAGGAAGGUACUUCUGCACCUAUCUGGAGGAGAAUACCAUUGCAAAGGUAAAAUCGGAACACCAGGACACCAAGGAUGAUCUUUUCACUGAGGUCCUGGAGAGCACUCUCUGUUUUAUGCAAGAGGCUCCCUUCUUGAAUUAUAAAGACACUAUGUAUUUCAUGCGCUUCCUUCAGUGGAAAUGGCUGGAGUCACAACCCAUUGGUGAGGAAUGGUUCCUCGACUUUAGGGUUCUUGGAAAAGGGGGUUUUGGAGAAGUGUCUGCGACACAGAUGAGAGCCACUGGGAAGCUUUAUGCAUGCAAGAAACUCAACAAGAAGAGGCUCAAAAAGAGAAAAGGCUAUGAAGGUGCCAUGGUUGAAAAGCGAAUCCUUGCCAGAGUCCACAGCCGUUUCAUUGUCUCUUUGGCAUAUGCAUUUCAAACCAAAACAGACCUCUGUCUAGUGAUGACAAUCAUGAAUGGAGGAGACCUAAGAUACCACAUUUACAAUGUCGAUGAGAACAACCCUGGAUUUGAUGAACCUCGAGCUUGUUUCUAUACAGCCCAGAUUGUCUGUGGGAUGGAGCACCUUCAUCAAAACCGAAUAAUUUACAGAGAUCUUAAGCCAGAAAAUGUACUCUUGGACAAUGAUGGUAAUGUACGUAUUUCAGACCUUGGACUUGCAGUUGAAUUGAAGGACAAUCAAACAAAAAUAAAAGGUUAUGCUGGAACUCCAGGCUUCAUGGCACCUGAACUGCUAAAGGGUGAAGAAUAUGACUACUCUGUGGACUACUUCACACUCGGGGUGACACUGUAUGAAAUGACUGCAGCCAAAGGCCCAUUCCGAUCAAGGGGAGAGAAGGUAGAAAACAAGGAGGUUAAAAGGAGGAUUCUUAAUGAUCCUGUACAGUAUAGUGAUAAAUUCAGUGAAGAGGCAAAAUCAUUUUGUGAGCAGCUGUUAGAGAAGGAUCCUGGAAAACGUCUUGGAUUUACCAAAGGAAACUGUGAUGAACUUCGGAAACAUCCUUUCUUCAGAGAAAUUAAUUGGAGAAAACUGGAAGCAGGUAUACUGACACCGCCAUUCAUUCCAGACUCAAAAACUGUCUAUGCAAAAGACAUCCAGGAUGUGGGAGCCUUCUCCACUGUCAGAGGAGUUAAUCUUGAAGAAGUCGAUAAAGAAUUCUUUGAUGAGUUUGCUUCUGGUAACAUCGCCAUUCCAUGGCAGGAGGAAAUGAUAGAGACUGGAAUUUUUGCAGAGCUGAAUGUGUGGGGAACAGGAGGCAGCUUACCCAAUGACCUCAGAAGGGAAUCAAUUUUAGAGGCAAAUGCAAAUAAAUCUGGAGUUUGUAGAAUUUCCUAA